AUGGUUUCUCAGGGCCUCCAAGUCAUGGGUGUGCUGCUGGCAUUUAUCGGCUGGCUGGGCACUAUCAUCACCUGCGCGAUACCUAUGUGGAGAGUCACCAACUUUGUCGAGGGGAACAUUAUCACCGCCCUGGAGGUCUGGGAAGGCUUGUGGAUGGAGUGUGUGGUCCAGAGCACGGGCCAGAUGCAGUGUAAGAUGUACGACAACAUGCUGGCUCUACCUCUAAACCUGCAGGCUGCCAGAGCUAUGGUGGUCAUCUCUGUGGUCGUUGGGGUGUUUGGCGUCCUCAUGGCUGCAGUUGGAGGAAAGUGCACCAACUUCAUGGAGGAUGAAGUGGCCAAAGCCAAAGCCUGCAUCGUGUCUGGAGUGAUCGUUAUAAUAGCCGCCUUGCUGAUUAUGAUCCCAGUGUCAUGGUCAGCUCACGCAGUGAUCAUGGACUUUUAUAACCCCCUGGUGAUUGAGGCUCAGAAGAGGGAGCUUGGGGUUUCGCUUUAUAUCGGCUGGGCCUCUGCUGGGCUGCUGCUGCUGGGAGGAGGCCUGCUGUGCAACAGCUGCCCCCCAAAAUAUGGCACAAGACCUUACAUACCUGCCAAGUUUGUCCCUGCAAGAACCACAUCAUCAAACGUGGGCUAUGUGUGA